AUGAACCCUAGGGCUGGUGUGACAGUAUGUGCACACAGGAAACCUCGACCUGUCUCUCAGCUGGUUGCACAGCAGGUUCCUCAGCAAUUCGUGCCCCCUACACAAUCAAAGAAAGAGAAAAAAGACAAAGUAGAAAAGGAAAAAAGUGAAAAGGAAACAACAAGCAAAAAGAACAGUCAUAAGAAAACCAGGCCAAGGUUGAAAAAUGUGGAUCGAAGUAGCGCUCAGCAUUUGGAAGUUACCGUUGGCGACCUGACAGUCAUAAUUACAGACUUUAAGGAGAAGACUAAGUCACCACCUGCUUCCAGUGCUGCUUCUGCAGAUCAGCACAGUCAGAGUGGUUCUAGCUCUGACAACACAGAGAGGGGAAUGUCCAGGUCAUCUUCACCCAGAGGAGAAGCAUCAUCACUGAAUGGGGAAUCUCAUUAAAGUUUAUUUCCUCCAGUUUCUUUAGUCUCUUCUCUUCAAGACAUGCAAAUACAUAGCUUCUGUCACCUGUUACCACAUUUUCAUGACAGAUUAUUCAUGCAUAAUUGGUAUGUUGACUGGAACAUAAUUUAUGCAGUUAAAAAAAAAGAAAAAAAGUGCAGUGGUAGAAACAAUAAUUUAAAUGCAAUCUACAAAUGCUUGCAAAGCAUUUUCAGACCAACUUUUUAAUUUUCAUGUGUAAGGGUGCCAUGAAAAUGUGGUUUGAAUGUUCAUUAUGCAGUGUUAUUGGUAUGUCCAUUUUCACUUUUAGUUUUGUGAAUUCUAACACAACUCUCAAAGUGUCUCCUAUUGGCAUGUACGGAAUUUUUAUAACAUAGUUCAAGCUGCCUAAAUAUGUCUUAUUUGAGAAUUGUGGAACAUAGUUAUAUGUAUGCAAGUCAAAGAUCAACUUAAUCAACUAUUGCUGCAACAGAAUUUUCAUAAUUAUCUUCUUAAAAACACCUGCUGGUACUUGGUGUGGUUAAAUAGGAAAAAUGUUAUUAUAAAAACAUUUGUAUAAAUUUUUGCCAAUGUUUGACACAUUUUACUAGAUUACUGUUUCUGAAUUAUGUUGAUGGUUUUACCAAUAUUUUUUGACACUUAAAACACUUAUUGUAAUGUUUACAAGCAAAAUAGAAAAUGUGUUCUAAGCAUUGAUUGGUUACCCUUGCAAUUCAGGUAAACUGCUUCAUUGUCGCUGUACACUGGUAUUCUGUGUUGUGUAACAAAUGCUGAACCUCAGAUGACAACACAUUGGCAGAAACUAACAUUGGGAAAUAUGAAAGUUUGGAAAAGCUUUAAAAAUAACAGAAGUGCAGAUCUCAUUUCUGCUUAGCGCUGUUUCCUUGCCCCGCGUUUUUCUAGUGUAGCAUAGUCACUUUAUAAUUUCAUUACAGGAAUAUCAGGUGUUGCACAAGAAUAAGGAAAUAACAGUACUAUUAUUUUUUUGUUCCUGAAUCAAUUUUUUUAAUAUUGAUUUGGCCUAUUGGAAUCUAUUAUGUCAUAAAUCCUGUAGAAAAAACUCAGUAUCCUACUUUAUGGCAUAAACUGUCAACAUUUAUGCACUUAGCAAUAUACUGAUACAGAGCAGAACUAUUUACAAUCCCAUCUGGUAUUAUGUAAAAUUACCAAUAAAAUAUUUUUGUGAAUACAGAUUUUGCAUUUUUGUUUACAACCAAUAAGUGUUUUGAUACAUACAUACAAUUCAUGUAUAGAUUUUUAAAUUAGAGAUUCUGGUUCAGUACGAAGGUCCAUUUAGCUCCUUUUAGUAGUGCACUUACACUCCUGUGAGCAUUUUCUUUUUAAUUCAAAGUAAAUAUAUUUUGAAGCCCAUGUAAAAUUUGGAUGGACCUUCUUGGUAGUGAAUCCAGCCCCAAAUUAUUACCAACGUAUGAUAUGUCUUCUUAACAGCUUCAAACAAUGGAUUUUUGUAGCCCCUGACAGUUGUGAUGUUUGGUGGUUUCUUGUAGUAAUGUAUUUUUCUGUUCUUAAUGCAGUACUUCUACAGGCACAAUGGUACUGUUCUAUUUUGUAAGAUGCUAGUUGUGAAAUACAGUUAGUUGCAUAAAAUGAGAGUCUGAUGUGAUAUCUGAGAACAUACAUACCUCAUUCCUUGGUGUUGCUGUUUAAACUUUUUAGACAUCAAAUGUUAAUUAUAGGCUAUUUCAGAUGGAUAACUACUGAUCUGUUUAUUAUGUAUUCUGCUUUAUCUUACUAAAUAGGAUGUCUGUUCAUUGCUGUUACCUGGCCAAAUCUUAGUGUCUGUGAAA